AUCCCGAGUACUUCCGGUUCAUCUCGCUCGGAUAGGAUCAGAAAGGAAAAUUGCUUUGCAAAAACGAGAAUCGGAAAAGGUCGCAGCAGCAUCAGCGGUGUGGUCGAUUGUUUCCUGAGAGGCAACAAAGUAUCAGGAAUGUCAAUGUAUCCGGAAGUGACUGUGGCAGCAGCGGCUUUGCUCUCUUUUCGACACUUCAGCAAGUUGAGCUGGCUAUCUGUACAUGGAGCGAGAAACCGCCUCCAGGCCAGGCGUUUGUGUGUCGGUCGGCUUUCUGCGGGGAAGGCUCCGAGUGUGAAGGAGUCCAAAGAAAAAGUGGCUAUCCCAGGACUUGAUACGGUCACUUAUGGAGAAAAGAUGCACUUUGUCCCGUGGCUAGCUAAACCCGUUUGGCCACAGUGGGAACGGGACUACAAGGACCCCAAGCAUUUCAGAUCCCCUCCAAGUCAAGAGAUGCCCUUGUAUCAAGAGACACCGUGUUAUGUGUUUAACCAGAGGACCAGCGCACUGGAAGGUGUUCGUCAGGCUCUUUGGUUAACCAAGAGCAAGGCAGUCUCUGGUUUGCCACCUCAGCUUCUAUCAUUGGCGGAGAGUCCUGCCAAUAAAAUACCAAAUCAGGAAAUCCGUGUUCAGAAUGCCAUCAAACAUGCCUGCUUCUGGGACACAACUGAGGAGCAACCAGUAAAAUACAGCAACACACUCUUCUUCAACCUGCUUCAUCUUUGUGCCACUCUACAGUCCAGCCAUCCAUUGAUUGGAAGGAGAAUGUUAACUGAGAAAUACAUAUUGGCAGCUUCAUGGAAAAGAGGCAAAAACUUGUUUCAGGUUCGGGGUCAAAAUGGCUUAAAGUAUAACAGCAUGGAUCCACUACCAAGGAUUUCUGGGAAACAGCAGGUUUCAGAAACAGCCCAUAAUGCUCUUGAAACCUUUUAUCCUGUGUCUCCUACGGUGGACCUGCAAAAAGUACAUGUGUAUAAGGAGCAGGUGAACUGCACAGGUUUCAGAGGACAGCAUUUUUACCCACAUGCCCACACACUUUACUUCCUGGAGGGAGAUGAUGCUCGCUGCAAGCUUCGCCCAGAGCAGUUCAGAGCCAAGAUGAUCAUGUUUCUUUUUGGAAAUGCUCUGGCACAAGCACAUACAUUAUUUGGGGCCAAGACCUAUCAAGUCUUGGAUCAUCCUAUCACAAUACAGGCUGUCGGGACCAAUGGCAGACUUUUCCAGUUCAUUGUUUUUCAACUCAACACCACAGAUCUGAGCGGUGACGAUGGAAUCAAAAACCAGGUGUGGUUGGAUGAAGAUGCUGAGAUCUACGAUAUUGCAAAAGUCAGACCACCCUUCAUCAAGAAGCAACUGAAGGUACCAGCUGGUCUUGCAGGAUACAAGCCAGAGACAUUCACCAAAUUCCUUGCCCUAUACCUUCAUGGGGCUGUGUAGCAGCCCCAUGAAGAAUGUAGCACCAUUCAUAGUUGUGACAAAUCUAUGAAUCAGUAUUUCUGGGUGCAUGUUUGAGAAAGGGAUGGGGGAAUUAUGUCUCAAGACUCCCUUAAUGUUAAGUGAAACAAGUUGCAUAUUACAGUCUUAUUUACGCACCACGAUGACUUCAUGAUCAUGUGCUAAUCAUGAAACUUUUGUCGAUUUGGUAGAAUCUUUUUCCUAUGUUAUGUAAUGUUGACUUGUUUCACCAAAUGUGAUCUGCCAUAACGUUUUCACACAGGGCCAGGUAACUGAAAUUUUGUUCUGCUUAAUAAAUGAAAUCACCAUUUUAAACAGCAUUUUAAGUUCACUUGUGUUAUAUUUGUCUGAUAUUUACAUUUGUUUAAUGAUCUUAAAGAUUAAAGUGGGCAAAUUAGGCAAAAUAAAUGAAUUUGAGAAGGGGGCCAAUACCACAGCACUGUAGCUCAAAACCGGCCGUGCGACUUCCAGUCGGUUUUGUGCUGGAGGGUCACAAAUUCUUUCAAUAAUGGGUAACAAAGUGUUUUUCAAUCAGUGGUUUCUGGAGUUGGAAAUCCUGGAAUGCUGUACCUUCUCAAUUAAGGGAGUUGGCCUUUUCUCACCACACUUGGCCAGCGUGAAAGGUCCGUGUGGCAACACGCAAGCACAACAGCACCCCAGUGCGGCCACUGCAGACGAUGUCCUUAUUUGGAAGUCCUGACGUAGCAGCCUGCGAGGAAGUUGGGAGGCUUUCCCCGCUGAGUAUACCGCAACUCGACAAUAUGUAUUUGUAUUUGGCUUUCCUUAUUUUAAAGGGGACAUAUUUUGCAAUGCAUCCAAACUAAUCGGGAAAAGCUUCAUCAUGCAACAAGAGAAUGACCCAAAACACAGUGCCAAAACAACAAAUGACUUCAUCAGGGGGAAAAAGUGGAAGGUUUUGGACUGACCAAGUCAAUCACCAGACCUUAACAAAAUAGAGCAAGCAUUUUACCUCCUGAAGAGGAGACUGAAGGGGGAAACCCCCAGAAACAAACAAGAACUGAAAGAGGCUGCAGUAAAGGCCUGGAAAAUAAUUUCAAAUGAAGAAUGGAACAGUCUGGUGAAGUCAAUGGGUUGCAUGCUUGAUGCAGUUAUUGCAAGUAAGGGUUAUGCCACCAAAUAUUAAAUGCUAUUCACAUUAAAUUAAUGUAAUCGUCUAUUCCAAUACUUUUGCUUACUUGGAAAGUGGGUGCCUUCAAACAAAAGGUGCUCUGUCCUGAAUUGUUGAACACGUCUAGAUGUAAAUACCAUGAAAGGAAAGCUGUAAUUCUGAACUGGUAAUCUUUUGAUCUGAAACCCAAAUGUCUUCAGUUAACAACAAAAACAAAAGAAUUGACCUUGCCUGUUAAAUAUAUUGUAGAAGUUAUCAUUUAUUUGCUUAGCUUGCAUUAGUAUUAUGGACGAUUUUGAUAAAGGAAGAUGUCUCGCCUUCAAGAAGAUGAAGAUGAGAGGGAGGUGUUUGCGGUAUGUUUGGAGAACAAACAAUACUGCUUCAGAUGGCAGCUUGACCAGAGCCAUCGAUGGUCUACGGACCCUCAAUCAACACUCCUUGUGGGACAGCUGGAUGGACGUUUUUGGUAAAUAUAAAGCCCUAAUUUCACCAAUAUUGAUAUCAAUUGCUGUUUUUGCAGUCAUUCUGACAUUGCGUGGAUGUUGUUGUAUCACAUGCAUUCGGGCUUUAAUCAGUAGAUUAAUCACCACAGCAAUUACCCACAUGGAACCGUAUGGAGCAGAUGUGAUUACGAUGUUUAAACUACAACAUUCAUGUAUGACAAGUUUACUCUGAGUGUAAAUGUAUUUGUUUCAUAAAAAUGAUUCUACAGUUAAAAAAUCGAAAUGAAGUGACUGUAAAAUGAUAUGAGAAUUUGUGCAAAUACAUGAUAAACAGGAGGGAAAUGUUAAAUAUAUUGUAGAAGUUAUCAUUUAUUUGCUUAGCUUGCAUUACUAUUAUGGACGAUUUUGAUAAAGGAAGAUGUCUCGCCUUCAAGAAGAUGACUCAGCAGGAAUCAUCAGAGAGAAAGACGUGGCCGGGACGUGGCAGGUGUUGGUGCCAUGUUUUCACCUUGAAACCCUACCUUAGUGUGUUGUGUCUUGUAGCUUAGUAACGUUAUGUCUUGUAAACUUAGAAACCUCCCUAUUUUUAAAUAAAUGUAGGAGCGACGGGAGAGAUUGUUUAGAGCGUGUUGAGAGGCUGUAACCUGAACAAUCUCCCAU